AUGAAGUACCACACCUUAGCCCUUGCGGUCACUACGCUCCUUUCUACCACUUCCGCAUUCCCUCGCAUGGAUGCAGAGCAGCUCCUGACCUACUACCAGCAUUCACAGAAGAGCACGGAGGCUUGUCCAUUUUCUCAAACACAGAAGAGGGAAGUCCAACUAGAGCCAGGAACGACCUCGCCGAAGACGAAGAAGUCGGCCACUUUCAAUGCUAAACAACAGCGCAUCCGAGUGGAUGGGGAAUAUGCUUUCGUCCCACCUAACCUCAAGGCUGGUGAUCAAAGAGGCCCUUGUCCCGGUCUCAAUGCACUUGCCAACCACGGAUAUCUUCCUCACAAUGGCGUGGCUGACAUGGUGACUAUCAUCCGAGCCACCAACGAGGUAUAUGGCAUGAGCCUUGACCUCGGAGGAUUCCUGGCUGUAUAUGGUACGGUCUUCGAUGGAAACCCUCUAUCCACAAAUCCGGGUUAUUCCAUUGGCGGCCCCACCAAAGACAGCCAGAAUAUCCUCAACGGCCUGGGCCUCCUCGGGAGCCCAAGUGGCCUCAGCGGCAGCCACAACAAAUACGAAUCGGAUGUAAGUGCCACGCGUGGCGACCUCUAUGUGACAGGUAACAACUUUCAUGUCCAACGCGACCGCUUUAUCGACUACUACUACGCCAUCCCCGAGAAUACCCCCGCCCCGGAGCAAUACACGGCCCUGGCUCCGUUUCACAAGCGGCGCUUUGACGAGUCCCUUACCACCAAUGGUUACUUCUUCUACUCGCCCUUCGCCGGCAUCCUAGUCUCGCCCGCUGCGUAUUCGUUCCCGCCGCGCAUGAUGGCCAAUCAUUCGGAGCAGUAUCCUGAGGGCUACCUGUCACGUCAGACCUUCGCCUCCUUUUUCGGCGUUGAGGGAAGCAGCCCAAACAAUUUUGUAGUCAAGCAGGGCUGGGAGCGGAUUCCUGAGAACUGGUACAAGCGGCCCACUGACAAUGAUUUUUCCAUUCCUGAUUUCCUUCUUGAUGUGGUUGAGCAUGCAGCGUACUACCCUCGUCUGCUAUCUUUUGGCGGCAAUACGGGCAAGCCGAAUACAUUUGUUGGUGUGGAUGUUGCCGAUCUUACAGGCGGCGUCUUCAAUUCUGCCACGCUGCUCAACGGAAAUAAUCUUGAGUGUUUCGUCCUCCAGAUCAUCCAGGCUUCUGCCCCGGAUGUCUUGGGUACUAUGUUCUCCGACGUUGAGAAAGCCAUGGCCCCCUUGACGGACAAGAUCAUCCAGCUUCUUGCUGGAAAAGCUUGCCCGCAGCUUCAAAAAGUCAAUUCACAACUGUUUGAGAAGUAUCCGGGUUACACCGAGGCUUACGGCAGCUAUUCUGGGCUGUCCAAAGGAUCCGCUGGUGGAAUUGUUGAGGGUGCUACUGGUGUGGUUGGUGGCCUCGUUCCUUCCUGA